AGUCCAUUGUGUCUUCAGCAGAAAUAAAAUUGACAGACAUAAAAUACCUGUGGCCACAAAAGAAACUUUCAUCGCAUUUUAUUGCGUAAUUGUGUUUUUCGAAGGACAAUUGUACUGAGGAACGGUAGCUUUGCAAGAAGAAGUUUUUUUCUCACAUGGCUUGUAGCACAAAAAGGCUGGGUUCAGAAUUGAUGGCCGUUCAGGUCAGGUAUUUACAGCGUCAUGUUAAGGAAGGGUUUAAAAAAACGUGAAAUAGAGGGAAGGGUCGCCUGGAAUCCAUUAAGAAGACCGUGACGAGAGAAUUUCCAGUAGUACAAUGUGCUGGUGUUCACGUGCAAUGUAUAUGAAGACAACCAUGGCUGUGAAACCCGAAUGGGUGAUAGUAAAGUUGCAAGUUGUUUCCUGUUCUCGAAUUCGCGCACAGCCAGAUGGAAUCGUUUUCCUUUUCAACUUCAUGAAAGGAUUAAGCUCUUUUGGCGGAAUUCUUCCCUACCUGGAGCACCGGAGUUCUUUAUUUAACAGGAAACCACUGCAGAUUGCGGCCUGUGCCACAGAAUCUUCUGUCAUCAAUUGCGUGGACAAGCAGACUGUCAUCUGGAAGAAAGCGAAGGAGUUGAUGACAUAAAAUUUAAACCACCGUGAAAUGGAUAAGGAGCCGCCUGAUCAGCCCAUGAAAAGUUGUAUUGAAAUAAUCUAGUAAUUGAAUUAUAGCUGUACUGCCUUUGCAGUGGGUUUACUGAACCGGAUGCAGAAACACCGUACUUUCUCACUUGCAAGGAUCGGCCGAUGGCCAUCCAAGCAACAUGAAUCAAGUUUCACCUGUUUGUCGAUUGGUGCUGCCAUGAAACACUCACGAGGUGGAAGAAGCUAUUGUCUUUCGCUGAUGUUGCUUGUUUUCAUCAUUUUGAACUCUCUGUGGAUCAUGACUGCUGGAGCUGCUCCAGUCACGGCCGUAUCCAUCCACACUGAGAAUGAUGUUGCAUCACGCACUCCUUUAAGUCGCUGCCCUGCCAUCUUCAACCCCAUCUUUAUGAUUGCUAAUAGCAACGUAAGUGGUGUUAGUAACUCCGCUAAAGGUAGUCCAAUCGGCCGAUCGAAAGCAACGCAAUCGCAGUCAUCGUCGCCAUCAUGUCGUAACUUUCUGAAAACGCGUUUUGGAACUUUAACGACGCCAGGCUUUCCAUCAGCCUUUCCCUUGCCAUGCACAUGCAGUUGGAUAAUCGAUGCGACAGGAUUCGAAUCGGACUCUUUCAUCAGCCUCUACCUCACACAAAUGUAUCUAACUCGUGGCGUCAAAGCUGUCCAGUAUUCGUUCCGUAACGAGACUCACGCCGUUGGUCGCAAGGAGCUGGACGAAUUGCACGCACAUCGCCCUCGCCCCUAUUCAGUCUACAGGAUUAAAGCACGAUACCUGGAAGUGCAGGUGAACUUGGACGAGCUGGUGAACGCUAACUUGCGCGUUGAGCGCCGGCUGAUGGACGUUUAUGGCUUCAAUAUUACGUACGAGAUUCAACCGAACGGUUCGCGUAUCCGCUCCGACACGUGCAACGUCGUCAACUGUACCUUUAACGGCCAUUGUUAUGCUAAUCACAAUUACAGCCAGUUCCAGUGUUCGUGUCUACCAAAUUUCUCGGGCAAGUACUGCCAGCACGGUCCCGAAUGCAACCCGGAAAAAGGCAUCAACGUCUGUAAAAAUGGCGGCGUUUGCGGGUAUCGCAUUGGCAUCUCGGUCGUUCGUUGCAACUGCCUGCCCAAUUACAACGGAAGCCUAUGCGAGUUUCGACGUGAAUUCAUUCCAGCUAAAGAAUGCCUUUCCAAAUUCCGAUUGAGUUGCAGUCACCACUGCGUCGUUACUGACAAGGGUAUAGCCACUUGCCGCUGCCCGCAGAAUCAAGCCCUGAGAUCUGAUAACUCUACGUGUUACGCAUUGGUGCCACUGAGAGUCCUGGGACAAGUCGAACUGGAAAGGCCAAACAGCUUCAAUGACACGCAUUUGGUUGACGGAGUCACAGCCGCGAUAAGGAAAAUGGCAGAAGAAUUUACAGCUUUUAAGCUAGCAGUUGGUUCCGUCAGUUUGUUUGAGCCCAACUCUAAUAAACUUCAGUUCAUAUUAUGGAAUUCUGAGAAAUACAACAUGAACUGGACAAAUGCAGUAGUAUUUCACGGUUCGAUGACGGAUGCCAGCAGAAACAGCUCCUCGUUGAUUCUGAAUAAAUCAUCUUCGGGCCUCGGGUUUCCCUGGAACACUGGCAAGAAAAAGAUGACAAGGGAUGAAGACCUUUAUAUUCCACAGCAAUGGAAUAAUUCCUACACGUCCUUCGUUCACCAAAUUAACUCCAGGGCUUGGAAGGUGCAAGGUGAAACAAUCGCUAUCCGGAACAUCAGCGUCAUCCAAGUUCCAGCUUUGAUUAUCGAGUGGGUGAAAUUGGAUGUCAAAGGUCAGGUUCGUGAAGGCUAUCCUUUCACAGUGGCAUGCAACGCCAACGGUUCGGGCAAGAAAGAUUUGAAAAUAAGCUGGUAUAAGGAUGGCCACCCGAUAGACGAUUCACUUGCACUUCUACGCAACGUGUCCAUUUUUGUUCAUCAACAACGAGAUCUGCGUGGAUUUUUCACGCUCUACUUGGAAGUGAAACAUGCAUCAUUAUUCGACCGUGGUGAAUUUGAAUGUCGGGCCAUGGACUGGGGCCAGACCGUCAGCAAGAGUGUCUUUCUCGAUGUCAUUACUCCACCGAUCCUCGAUCUGAUGCCCAUCAAUCCUGUUGUUCUUCCGGGUACGGCAGUGAAUUUGACGUGCCGGGACGAGAACCAUCUGGCGCGACGUACAACCACCAAGUAUGUCUGGUUGAAAAAUGGCCAGCUCAUCAAAUCGUCGUGCGAAGAAAUCAUCGAAGACUUGACACCAGUCGGCAGUUUGUUGAAAAUCACUUCGAUUCAGCUUAGCACCAAUUACACAUGCCGAGGGGAAAAUGGAACAAAAAUGGCCAACAAGACUACGCAAAUUUUUGUAGCUGACCAAGAAAGAUCCUGUCCUCAACAGAGAAGCCAUGGCGUUGAAUGGCUUAGGACGGCUGUUGACAUCACCAAUUACCAGUUCUGUCCUGCUGGAUAUGUCGGCGUGGCCAAGAGACAUUGUUUCGCUGUAAAAGAAUUGCCAGACGACAAUGGAGAGACGCAUCCAGCAAUACGACUUUUCUGGGGAGAGCCAGAUUUUUCCAAUUGCAGCGAUCGGGAGCUUACUGAACUAUAUCAGCAGCUGAAGUUGAUCACUUUGGGCUAUGUCGUCACCGACCUUCCGUCCAUUGUCAAUAAGUUCGCCGAUUUCAUCGAAUGGAAGCUGGAAGGUAUCGCCGAAUCCAAUCGGUUCACCAACUCGAGAAAGGCUACAGACGAAGAAGCCACCCCAUUCCCUUAUUUGCCUGGGGAAGGAAACAUGUUGUUGGAAAUGGCGGUCAGCAUUGAGGCUUUGCUUUGGAGAAGGACGGAAGUCUUACCACAUUCCUUUUGGAAUUCGACGGCUGUCCGUUAUUUAUACGCUCUUGAUGCGCUCUUGUCCAUGCCCCAUGAUAUUUUCCAUUUGAUUGGUGAGUUGCCGAUCUUGCAUUUGAUUCAAAAUCAUCUCACUCUUCUAGGCAUCAAUCCCAAAGGCGAAUACCUUCUUGGUAGUAUUAAACCGCAUUUACUGAAGAACAGCGACUUUGACGUCGACAACGAUAGGAAACAGUUUAAAUACAAAGGACAAUUGCCAGUUUUGCCAAGCCAAACGGGAUUCAAAAACCUUAGCCAACUGGCACCUGCCCAGUUCUUUCUCAAUAAACCAAACGGGUACAACAUUUCGAUUGAUUUUCAUUCGAUAGAACAACUGCAAAUCAAAGGAGGUGAAUAUAUUUGCGCCCUGCUGCUGCUCCAACCAACGAACCAUUCUCGAGAAUGGGACAUGGAUUCUUGUUCCAUCGAACGGUUGAUCUAUCCGGUCGAUUUCCGUUGCCAUUGUGCCCAUCAAGGAACUGUAGUUCUAAUCUACGCCGUAAGAGAUAUUGAGGAGACAGAGAAUUCGGCGAUUGACUUGUGGAAAGUCAUUUACUUUGUAGCUUCAGUUAGCCAUUUAGCUGUCGUUUUUGGUCUCUUGACUUUAUGUACAAUGUGGUACCAACGGCGCUGCGUGUGGUUAUGGUUUCAAAUCCAAGUGGGAGUUUCACUUUUGCCGCCAUCGUCCGUUUACUUCUUGCAAACUGCCACAGUCGUAACCAAUCGUUUUUGGUCCAGUCUACUGACUGCUGCGACAUAUCAAUAUGCAACCACCGUAUGGGCCAUGAUUAUGUAUUUGAACAUGAAUGCCACCAGGAAUCCUACAGAACAGGCGACGAUGGUAAAACCAAGUCAGAGUAAUAUCAGACUAGUCGGUUUGUCGUUAGGCGUUCCCUUGACGUUAUCUGGAGUCCAGAUUCUCAUCGAGGAAUUCUCAGUUGAUGCGCCGUUCAUCACCUGGUUUUCCCAGCUCACCUCUUUCUCUGGGAUCUUUUUCUCGUUGGUUUAUUGUACUUUAUUUUUCACCGUCAUUUCGCUCUACGUCACAUCAAGAAGGGAAUCGGGUGAUUCGUCUGAAAAGUCCAAGACUUGCACGGAGGACGUAACUCAUCUGAUGGGCAACAUGUACCUACAGAUUCCGUGCCACAUUUGUUUUGAUAACCAAGUUAAUAGGUUUCAUUUUAGUCGCCACAGUCAUUGUUGUCCGAUGCUCGCUCUGCUAGGCGUCAUGGUCACGGGAUCUACGUUGUGCCGCUUCCACUGGCUGUCACUUAACACCCACUGUAUUGCCGCAUCCUUACAUCUGCUAGCUGUCUUGUUGGCGGUCCAUUUGAUGUUAAAUUUUAGCAGUACAAAAUUUGUCUGCCUUUAUUGGGGUUUUUGGCGUCGGAAUAUGUUGCCUCAAGGUGAAACGAUGAGUGAGUUGUUGAAUGCAACAGCAAUGGUCGAGAGCCCCCAGCGAAAAACCAUGCUGACGACAGACCAACAUCCUUUACAAGGAUUAGAAAGGUCUGCGUUGGCCAGACGGAUAAGUCACCAUUGCCUGAACGAUACACCAUUUCCAGUGCGUAAUAGGAACAGAAGAUUUUACCGAUCAAGUCCGGCCUCGUCUCCUUUGCUGCAAAGAGCGGGUCUCGGUCCUGACGUAUUGCGAGCGCUUAACUUGGAACAAGAAUCUACCCACAAAUUGCUUGACAGUAGUUUAACAGCCCUUCAAUCUGCCGUUUCGCCAAUCGAGCAAAUCAGUGGAUCAGAGGAUCUAACAAAGUUUAAUAGAAGUCGAUUAAACUCCACGUCAUCCGACGGCAUGCAACAAGACGACCUGGAUUCGGGAUUUGGGCCCAGUGGUGAAGGAGGAAGUCAAAAAAUGGAUGGAUUGGAUAAAUACUCUGAUGCUUGGCAGCUCUUGAGGAGAAUUAGACGGAAGUUGAAGAAACUCAAAUUCCAUUCUCGGGAGAGCACCAGCGAUAGAGGUUCCUUCCGCUCAUCCCAGAGCACUGCAAGCACGGUCACGACUGCUGAACUGAUCGGCGAACAAGACAGCAGUUUUAUACCACAGGAGAUGGAUAUUCAAGUUCGAGGAGCUGAACAACUAAAAUGCUUGGUGACUUUUGACAGAUUACGACCAUUCAGACCUCGAUGGUCUGAACACUACGGCCAGGAAAACGAAAGAAAUUCCAGCGAAAUCGACCAUCUACCCUUAAAGAGCAAACCUUUUCGAGGCCGCUGUUUCAUUAAUUGCUCAUCAGAGAAAACUGGGUCUAACAUUAUUACACGACACUUAUGUCAGAGCAUUGGCACCGACGACAGAGCAAUAGUGCCGUUGCAAGCUCUGAACGACUGUGGCGAUUAUCGCUUACAUAACGUAGAGGUUCCAUUUGACCAACCUUGUCUUAACCAUUCAGUUCAGAUUGGAGCUGGACCAAUGAUCGUUCAUGCCGUCGUCGAAAGUCACCCGAAGCUAAUGGACAAAGAAGUUUGCGAAUAUUUGAAAAUGGACCCGGCUGGGAGUCUUGCCAUCGAUCAGCAAAGAGUCAAAUGGCUUCAGGUGUACUAUAACACCGUAGUCGAAUCUGCGUCCCAAAGUAUUAAGACUGGUGAUUCUAAGUACAUCAGCAAACGUCGGCUGGUGGACCCCUUAAAAAGAAAUUUAGAUGUUUCGUCGACUUUACUGCGCAUUAAGAAAAUUGACGGAGGACGAAUCGUCAAAAGGAAACGCUUUUCAUUCCGCAAUGUCGCACAUCCCACUCGCCAAAGUGAACCACGUGAAACUGGGUAGCCUAAUUAUUUAUCCUGCACAGCUGACAGAUUCUCUGUUAGAGACCAACUGUUCUUCGUAUUGAAUUAGCUUACCAUUUGAGUAAAUUAUUGCAUUAUCCAAAGUAAACAUCUAUUUUUAUAAAUUCACAAAACUUUAUACACAAACGCUUAUUUCAUUGAACGGCUCCCGAACGACGAUUAAACACGCUAGUCAAGUUUUCUGAAAAAACUGUAAAAAAAUUGCCUCGUGUAGCAGUUGACACUCUAAAAAAGAAUCAGAAUUACGUCCACCUUAUUCCCUAUUUAUCCCCAUUGUUUCCUUUUUUUUUGUCUUUACUUUUAUUCUGUUCAAUAUCUACCUCAAGUAUACAGCUUUAGAAAGCUGCCUGGUUUCCACUAAGCGUAAAGAGGUUCUUUAGCUACCAGAGAUCUACCGAUACCAGGUAAUUUUCUAAAGCUCUAUAAACAUGAUUUUUCACAAACUGAAGUGUGUUUUCUGUUUUUAUGGUUUUUUAUU